AUGGACGGAGCACUUCUUUCCGGCUGGCUUGCGUCAGUAGGAGAUCAAGCAGCUCGUGUGACGCCAGUCCAGUAUUGCCAAACCGUCUUCGUAAUUCUGGCCACUGGUGUCUUGGCUGUGAAUGCGUUACCGGCUCGCACAAAACGAUACCUGCUUGAUUAUGGAGCACGAGAGAACAAGAGUACUGGUGUGCUUCAUGACAAGACCAUCGGCAAUGCUGGCGGUGACGCUGCCAAACAUCCGAUCGGUGCAGACACCCUGGAAUAUGUAGUGGCCACGUUUGCUUCAUACAGUCAGGUGCCACAUGCCUGGUUUUCCAGUUUUUAUAUUGCAUAUCUUGUGUGCGCGUUUGGCUGGACAGCACAAUGGUUGCUGUGGCAGCAGGGUGCAUCGUCAGGCGGUUUCUUCGCCUGGCUUGCCGAACACCAGCGGACGGCCGACCGGAAGUCAGAGCCGUCGGCAACAUCCAUGUCUCUCAUGCAGGUGUCCGUGGCCAUGGGGCUAGAAGCUCUACAAGCUGCGCGCCGCCUUUACGAACAUGCAUCGGUGUUUAAGGCAUCCAAUUCAAAGAUGAACUUUACACACUGGGCGCUCGGACUGGCGUUUUAUGUCUGCAUGAGCGUGGCUGUGUGGAUCGAAGGGUCGCCCGCAGGCCGAGGCAUCGAGUGGGCCAAACUCGCUCUUGGCACAUCUCUUUUCUUAUUCGCCUGGCUGCAGCAGUACCGCUGUCAUGGCCACCUUGCUAGCCUGGUAAAGUACUCUUUGCCGGAAGAGGGUAUGUUCCGCUAUCUUGUAUGCCCUCACUAUACCUGCGAGUGCACCCUUUAUUUGGCUCUCUCCAUCGUUGCCGCACCAGCUGGCCAGCUGUUCAAUCAGACGCUUCUGCCAUCGGUGUUCUUUGUGGUUGCGUGCCUCGGCGUGACGGCAAACCGGACGACGAAGUGGUAUAUUGAAAAAUUUGGUGCCGCCCGGGUUGCCAAGAGGUGGAAGAUGAUCCCGUUCAUCUUUUGA